AUGAACGUGCUCUCGCCUCCUACUAACGACUUCCUGGCUUCGAAAGGAAGAGUAGCCACUCUUGGGAUGUUCAUAAUAGAUCAUCAUGCUCUUAGGGAUGAAAGCGGAAAAGAGAUCAUGACUGACGAUGAGUCCAUAGGGGGUGGUGGUGUCUUUGCUAUGACGGCAGCUCGGAUGUUCCUUCCUCCCACACAAUGUGGUCUCUUAGUAGAUCGCGGAGACGAUUUCCCAGAUACAUUUACCGAGAUUCUCGAAGGUUUCGGAAAGGAAAUGAUAUGGUUCAGACCUCGAAAGGGUAAAACCACCAGAGCAUUGAAUAUCUAUUCAGGUAGAAAGAUAGGAGAAGGUCACCAAUCAUUCAAAUACCUGUCUCCACAACUAAAUCUCCUACCUCAUGACUUGAUCUUACCGCCUUCACCGUUUGGUGUAUCUAAUUUGCCAGAAUACAUACACGUUGUCUGUCGGACUGACAGAGCGAAGCUGGUUUCUCAAGAGAUGGACGAUAUCAAGUUGAACGGUUCAGGAGAAGGGCAAAGGAGAGGGGUAGGCUGGAAUGCAAAUUUGGUUUGGGAACCUAUGCCGUCAAGCUGUAUUCCUGAAGAGUUGGACAACAUGAUAGACUUAGCUCCUUCGUUCAAAGUCUUCAGUCCAAACUUACUUGAAAUUCAAUCAAUCCUCAGUAUGACACCAAGGUCCACUCCGCAACUAACAGACGCCGAAGAAGCUGCUCAAUCUUUCUAUCAUCUUCUUGCAAAUCGGUAUGAACGAUCCAUGAUACCAGCUAUCAUCGUUCGUGCGGGUGAACUUGGUGCAUAUACUUUAUCAUCAACUUGGCAAGGUUGGAUUCCACCUUAUUGGAACGAAAUGAAUCAAGACAAAGUAAUAGACGUUACAGGUGGUGGGAAUUCUUUCCUAGGUGGAUUGUGUGCCGGUUUACUAAUCUCUCAAGGAGAUAUGCGUACAGCUUCAUUAUACGCUUCGACGGCUGCUUCUUUCUCCAUCGAGCAACGAGGAUUACCGAGAUUAACUCAAUCUGAAGGAAAAGAAAGGUGGAACGAUGACGAUGUAUGGAGAAGGUUGCGUGAAUUAUCGGGCAGAGUGCAGACAUAG